GUGAGGAUAUGUUAGAGAAGAAUUAGAACUACAAGUACCAAGUACCAAAUAAUAAAAAGUUCUCUAAUGUAAAUUCUCAUAACUCUGAGGACCGAACUCUAAUUAUCAAUUCUUCUCUUUUCGUUUCAGUCGACCAUUUAAACGCCGUCGUUUCAGUCCACCAGCUUCAAAUUCCCACAGCGUUUCUUCGUUUCGGUUGCAUUUCAUUUCACCAACAAUUCGCCCUUCUUCUUCUUCCUUGAGCUUCGAUUUUCCCCAAUUCAGUUUGUCCGAAACCCUAAUUAGAGCAAACGCCUGUUCAGUUCGUUUUAUAUAGAGACACAUCGUGUUGUAUGUAUCUAUAAACAAUGGUGGGCGCUUCUCUGGCUGGUCUGCAAGAUCAUCUCAAGUUAGCGAGAGAGUACGCAGUCGAAGGGCUCUACGAUACUUCCGUUAUCUUCUUCGAUGGCGCCAUUGCUCAGAUCAACAAGCAUUUGAAUACUGUUGACGAUCCUAUGCUCCGUACGAAAUGGAUGAAUGUAAAGAAAGCAAUUUCAGAAGAAACAGAGGUGGUGAAGCAGUUGGAUGCCGAAAAAAGGUCAUUCAAGGAGGCUUCUCUAGGCAGACGCCCUAAUUCCCCUCCUAUUUCGACUAAAUCGUCUUUCGUAUUUCAACCGUUGGAUGAGUACCCUACUUCAUCUGGUGCCUCAAUGGACGACCCGGAUGUGUGGAGGCCGCCCACCCGAGAUCCAGCGGGUCGGCGACCCACGAGACCCGGUCAAGUGGGCACGAGGAAAGCACCACAAGAUGCGACGUGGGCCCGUGGAGCUUCAACAAGACCAACGGGUCGUGGAGGAAGGACAGCUGGCAGUGCCGGUGGCGGUGGCUCUAGUAAGGCAAACACUGGAGUUCGGUCUUCGACUACUACUUCUACUGCUGCAAAGAAAGGAUCUGGAAAGAACACCGCUGGAAAAGCAGAUUCUGUUAAUGGUGACUUUGAGGAAGGGAAGCCCAAAAAGGUGCAAUAUGAAGGGCCCGAUGCAGACUUGGCAGCUAUGCUCGAAAGGGAUGUUUUGGACUCGAGUCCUGGUGUAAGAUGGGAUGAUGUGGCUGGUUUAAGUGAAGCAAAAAGACUUCUCGAGGAAGCUGUUGUUCUUCCAUUAUGGAUGCCCGAAUAUUUCCAGGGAAUCCGUAGGCCAUGGAAAGGUGUCCUCAUGUUUGGCCCCCCAGGUACUGGAAAGACACUUCUCGCUAAAGCCGUUGCAACUGAAUGUGGGACCACAUUUUUUAAUGUUUCUUCUGCCACUUUGGCUUCAAAAUGGCGUGGAGAAAGUGAAAGAAUGGUUAGAUGCUUAUUUGAUCUCGCUCGAGCUCAUGCUCCCAGCACAAUAUUCAUCGAUGAAAUCGAUUCUCUUUGCAAUUCUCGCGGGGCUUCUGGAGAACAUGAGUCGUCGAGGAGGGUAAAAUCGGAACUUCUAGUUCAGGUUGAUGGGGUGAAUGCUUCUUCGACCAAUGAAGAUGGUACGCGCAAGCUUGUGAUGGUUUUGGCGGCCACGAAUUUUCCUUGGGAUAUAGAUGAGGCUUUGAGGAGGCGGCUGGAGAAAAGAAUUUACAUACCUUUACCGAAUUUCGAGAGUCGUAAGGAGCUUGUACGAAUAAAUGUGAAAACUGUGGAGGUAGCUGCAGAUGUGGACAUUGACGAGGUGGCGCGUAAGACAGAGGGGUACAGUGGAGACGACCUGACGAAUGUUUGUAGAGAUGCUUCGUUAAACGGCAUGAGGCGAAAGAUUGCAGGGAAGACACGCGAUGAAAUCAAGAAUAUGCCUUAAGACGAGAUUUCGAACGAUCCUAUUGCAAUGUGCGACUUUCUAGAAGCUAUUGCUAAGGUUCAGCCCAGUGUUUCUGCUUCCGAUAUCGAAAGGCACGAGAAAUGGUUCUCCGAAUUCGGGUCCGCCUGAGAAUUUUUUUUUUCUUUUUUUUUUUUUCGGGUUUUCGAAAUGGAAAUUGAUGGUGUUGUGUUUGUUUGUAUUUGUAAGGGUAACUUUGUAUUCUAUCUAUUACAGAUUUUUUUUUUUUUUUUUUUUUUUUUUUAUGAUUAUUUUGAAGAUAUUUUAUUUAUUAUUCUUACUUUCAUGAAUGCAUGCAUGCAUGUGAUUUGUACACUGCAAAAACACACACACCCGUGUGGGUGUGUGUGUGUUUUGAUGGUGAUUUUGCUACACUUUUAAAACGUGAUUAUUUGAGAUUCAGCUUCUUCGAUA